UCCAGCCCCCACCACCAGCCGUCGUCCCCGCCCCCUGCAUCCACCAUCCGAUCCGCCGGCGGCCGGCGCCACCGCCGGCUUCUCCGCCGCGCGCUCCACUUGUGAGCAGUCACUUCUUUCCCCUAGAUCGGAGGCAGCCCCUGCUCCGUGCACCGCCGCUUCACUUCCUCUUCUCGCGUUCUCUUCCGCCUCGCCGUAGGCCGUAGCUGCGCUGCUUCCCCCCGCCUCCACUCGAGCAGUAGCCAGCAAUGGACGAGCACAUCAACACGCACAAGCUCCUCAAGGAGCAGUUCGUCAGCAACUUGACGGGGUCUUCCCUGCUGGAGAUCGCGGCGCUCUCCACCAUAGUGCCGGCUGUGGUCGUUCUAAGGAAAUGGAGCUGCGGAGAUAAUACCAGGAGGGAUUCAUUCAAGAAAAAAAAUGAUGCACUUCCUGGUCAUAAAGGUUUUGCGCAUUACUUCUCUACACUAGUUGUAGAUUACCUCACUAUUGUAUUGCCAGUUCUUCUGGUUUUCACAAUUUUUGCUGAAUGGGCUUGUGCUUGUGCAAUUUUUCUUGUAAUGCUGAUAUCUAUCCUCACCAUGUUUAAAAGAUCUCAGUCUCAUCUCAAAGCUGGAGUAAAUCAGCUGCCUUUGCUCCGAGCUGAUAUAUCAUCAUACAGAGUAUCAGUGGUUCUAGUGACAUGUUUGUGCAUAUUAGCGGUGGACUUCAAAAUCUUCCCUAGGCGUUAUGCCAAGGCUGAAACAUAUGGCUGUGGCAUUAUGGAUCUCGGAGUAGGGUCUUUUGUAGUAGCUAAUGCACUGGUAUCUAGACAAGCAAGGAACAUUACAACAAUGCGCUGGAACAAGGUACUGAUGUCUACAAGCCCUCUAAUAUUUCUUGGUUUUGCUCGUCUCAUAUCAACAUCGAGUGUUGAUUAUCAGGUUCAUGUAGGAGAAUAUGGGGUGCACUGGAACUUCUUUUUCACCCUUGCAGCAAUUUCUAUCCUUACAUCCGUUAUCAGGAUUCAUCCUAAGUAUUGUGGAUUAGUUGGCCUCCUUGUCCUUGCAGGAUUCCAAACAUGGCUCUCUUCUGGGUUGAACAAGUACCUCAUUUCAAAUGAAAGAAGUGCUGAUAUCAUUAGUCAGAAUAAGGAAGGUGUUUAUAGCAUUUUUGGAUACUGGGGUAUGUAUCUGAUUGGUGUUUCCCUGGGCUACAAUCUAUUCUUUGACAAUAGUUCAAAAGGCAAGCAUAGGAGCACUCAAGUGGUAAAAGUUUGGGUUCUUGCUGUGUCUUUUUGGAUUUUGGCAAUUAUUCUUGACAGCUAUGUUGAAAGAGUUUCUCGACGAAUGUGCAACUUUGCUUAUGUCAUGCUUGUUUUUGGACAGAAUUUCCAGGUUAUAUCUAUUCUCACACUAGCGGGGUUUAUUUCAUAUGAAAAGAACAUGGUUCUUGAAGAUGCAUUCAAUCAAAAUAUGCUUGGUUCAUUCCUUCUGGCAAACAUCCUAACUGGUGUAGUAAAUCUCUCAGUUGACACACUUUCUGCCUCUCCCCUCACUGCCUUCAUCAUUUUGUUAGUAUAUUCCUUCACUCUAUGCACGGUUGCUGGUUUAGCUCAGUUUUGCGGCGUUAGGAUGAAAUUUUGGUGAAUUCAAGUGUUAUCUAAUACGAUGUAUGUAUAUUAGUUACUUUUUCAGCAAGCUCUCUUGGGAUAAGGCCAAGUUUUAAAACCAAUUAGUAGUCCUUAUCAAUCUUGCCUAUUUUUUGUUCCUGAUUUCUUACCUAGAUGAUUUGACCUAAUUUCAUGCUGCCCCAUAUGAAACCAAUAUUGCUGUCUACAUUUGGCUAAAUUAAAUACGAUUUGUG